AUGGCUGAUUCCUCUUUUGAAAUCGACUACUCCUCCUCCCUAAACUACCACCACCAACGCCAUAACACGCCUGCUUCACACUAUGCCUCUAGUUCUUUCACGCCACUCCACUCUCCACGAAUGUCCCGCACCACUCCACGGAGGCUCCAACACCGCACUCCUGCUACGCCUUUUGCCACAGAUGAUGACAUGUCAUGGCAAAGUGACGUUUCAUGGCAGUUUGAGCCUUCAGGUUGGCGUGACAACUGCAAUUUGGGGGCAGCCCUUAGUCCUUGGGCUGCCUCCAGCACUUCAUCAUCAAACAGUCAGGCAUUUCGACGAUGUUCGGCUAGUGAAUAUUAUCUUUCCCGCACCUCUGGAGGGUUUAGGAGCUUUGCAAAUUCGUACUAUGAGUUUUCUGGUCACGGAGCUGUGCCUUCCGGGAGGCUUGAACUUCAAAGCUAUGUUGCUAGAGAUAAUGACAGUUCAUCACAUCUCCAUUUGGGAGAUCAUAGUAAGUCUCAUCACAAGCUUUCAAGGCUGGCUACUAUUAAAGAAGGGAGUAGUAGAAAUGGUGCUAGUCCUUUGGCUGACGAGAAUGAGCUUAGCACCAUUGAUUAUGACACUCUCGAAGAUGUUGAGAGACAAAUAUGCCUAUUAGAGACUGAUCCUAACCGUCAUACAAAUGCCGGUUCACCUUGGUUUACAGUUUCACAGGCCUAUGUGGAUGAUGAGGACGAUGUUUCUCUUGGAGGGCAUCAUUAUGGUCAUGGACUAUCACCUCAGGGUAGAAAUGGCCAUGGUGGGAGGCACAAGGUGGACAAUGAUCUUGAUCUAGUAAUGCAGCAUGAGCUUCACGGUCAUGGGCAAUCAACUAGUCAUCAUGAUGGUGGUGAUCAUCGGUAUGAUGACCUUGGCCUGUCAUUGGAUUUCAGUGAAGAUGAUAAUGCAGAGCAUGGUUAUGGUCAUGGCUUAUCACGUCAUGGUGUUCACAGUGGCCUAAGUGGGCAUCAUCAAAUGAGGCACAAGUUGGAAGGUCUCGAUCAUAAGUUGAAUCAAGGGCACCAUGGUCAUGACACUUGGCAAUCAGCAAGACAUGAGUCUGAUGACUUUGUUCGGGCACCAGAUAUCAACGAAGAUGACAAUGAUGAGGAGGAAGAGGAUGCAGAACCACCAAGGCCAGUUGGAUUGUUAAAAUUGUUCAAGUAUUCAACAAAAUGGGAUAUAGUACUUGUGAUUUUGGGUUGUUUAGGAGCCCUAAUAAACGGGGGUUCACUUCCCUGGUAUUCUUACCUUUUUGGUGAUUUUGUUAAUAAGAUUGCUACAGAAUCAUCAAAAGGUGACAAAAUCCAGAUGAUGAAGGAUGUAGAGAAGAUAUGUAUACUUAUGUCUGGCUUGGCUGCAAUAGUGGUGGUUGGAGCAUACUUAGAAAUUACCUGCUGGAGGCUAGUUGGAGAACGAUCAGCUCAACGAAUUAGAACCAAGUACUUGAGAGCAGUUUUGAGACAGGACAUAAGCUUUUUUGACACAGAAGUCAGCACGGGUGACAUUAUGCACGGUAUUUCAAGUGAUGUUGCUCAAAUCCAGGAAGUGAUGGGAGAGAAGAUGGCACAUUUCAUUCACCAUGUAUUCACCUUUAUAAGCGGAUAUACAGUUGGGUUUUUGCAGUCAUGGAAAGUGUCGUUAGUAGUUUUUUCUGUUACCCCACUAAUGAUGUUCUGUGGUAUUGCUUAUAAGGCUGUUUAUGGUGGUCUCACGGCCAAGGAAGAGGCUUCUUAUAGGAGAGCUGGUACCAUUGCAGAGCAAGCAAUAACUUCAAUUAGAACUGUAUUUUCUUUUGUUGCUGAGGAUAAUUUGGCUGCAAGAUAUGCUAAAUUAUUGGCAAAGUCAGUUCCUCUUGGGGCAAAGAUUGGGUUUGCUAAGGGUGCAGGAAUGGGGGUCAUUUAUUUGGUCACAUAUUCAACAUGGGCAUUGGCUUUUUGGUAUGGUUCAAUCUUGGUUGCUAGAAAAGAGAUCUCUGGCGGUGCAGCAGUUGCUUGCUUCUUUGGUGUCAAUGUGGGGGGAAGGGGCUUGGCAUUAUCACUUACAUAUUUUGCUCAAUUUGCUCAAGGCACUGUAGCUGCAGGUCGGGUAUUUGAUAUUAUGGACAGGGUUCCGGAGAUAGAUCCUUAUGACCCUGAAGGAAGAACAUUGUCAAGUGUUCGAGGAAGGAUAGAGUUUAAAGGUGUCAAUUUUGCUUAUCCAUCUCGUCCUGAUAUUACAGUUCUCAGCUCUCUCAAUCUAGUUAUUCGAUCAUCAAAGACUCUUGCAUUGGUUGGAGCCAGUGGAGGAGGCAAGUCCACCAUCUUUGCUCUCAUUGAGAGGUUCUAUGAUCCUGACAAGGGAGCCAUCACCUUGGAUGGUCAUGAUUUAAGGACACUACAAGUGAAGUGGCUAAGAAGACAGAUUGGUAUGGUUGGGCAGGAGCCAGUUCUCUUUGCCACCACAAUAUUGGAAAAUGUAAUGAUGGGCAAGGAGAAUGCCACUAAGAAAGAAGCUGUUGCUGCUUGUGUUGCUGCCAAUGCCCACAGCUUCAUCUAUGACCUUCCACUAGGAUACGAUACUCAGGUUGGAGCUAAGGGAACUCAGUUAUCAGGUGGUCAAAAACAGCGAAUUGCUCUAGCUCGUGCGUUGAUUAAAGAUCCUAGAAUCCUACUCUUGGAUGAGCCUACUAGUGCCCUGGAUCCCGAAUCUGAGGCAGUUGUUCAACAAGCCAUUGACAAGAUUUCUAAGGGCAGAACAACAAUUGUCAUUGCUCAUAGGUUAGCAACAGUAAGAAAUGCCAACACAAUUGUUGUUCUUGAUCAAGGCUCAGUUAUUGAGACUGGUAAUCAUCGUCAGCUAAUGGAACGAUCAGGGGCCUAUUAUAAACUUGUCAAGCUUGCUUCUGAAGCACUUUCAAAUCCAACACUGAAUGAGAAAAAUACUCAAAAGGGCAUUGCGUUUUCCACAUAUGAGAAAUCAGCCUAUGAAGCAUCAAGAUCACCUUAUGCGUACGAAAUUUCGAGUUCAAAGUACAUAAAGUCCAUCCAAGAAGCUAACCAAGUAGAAGAGGAAAUACAACAAAGGCUACAGCCUGGAGAAUUUCAAAUUUCAGAGGUUUGGACUCUACAAAGACCAGAGCUCAUCACGCUUUUACUAGGUUUCCUGUUGGGUAUCCAUGCUGGCGCUAUUCUCUCCAUAUUUCCGUUUCUUUUAGGCCUAGCUCUUCAAGCUUACUUUGAUGACAGCACAUCAGAAUUGAAGAGAGAAGUUGCGAAACUCUCCUUAGCUCUCGUUGGCCUAGGCUUUGGGUGUAUAAUUGCCAUGACUGGACAACAAGGUUUCUGUGGUUGGGCUGGAACAAAGCUCACAAUAAGGGUGAGAGACCUCUUAUUUCGCUCGAUACUAAAACAAGAACCUGGUUGGUUUGAUUUUGAAGACAAUUCUACAGGAAUCCUUGUUUCAAGACUUUCUGUUGAUUGUCUCAGCUUUCGAGCAGUUCUCGGGGAUCGUUACUCAGUCUUGUUGAUGGGUGUCAGUUCAGCUGCUGUGGGACUGGGCGUCUCUUUUUGCUACGGAUGGAGAUUAACCCUCUUGGCUGCUGCUCUUACUCCUUUCACCCUUGGUGCAAGCUACUUGAAUUUGAUUAUAAAUGUCGGACCAAGGUUAGAUAACAGCUCUUAUGCCAAAGCUAGCAACAUUGCUUCUGGUGCAGUUUCAAAUAUAAGGACAGUGACAACAUUUUCUGCUCAAGAAGAGAUAGUUAAAUCCUUUGAUAAAGCUUUAUCGGAGCCUAGGAAACAAUCAGUGAAGAGGUCACAAAUUCUAGGCCUAACACUUGGUUUAUCUCAAGGUGCAAUGUACGUUGCUUAUACCUUGACGCUUUGGUUUGGUGCCUACCUUGUAAAACAAGGCAAGACAGAUUUUGGUGAUGUAUAUAUAAUCUUUCUCAUUCUUGUGCUAAGCUCAUUUUCAGUUGGACAACUAGCUGGGCUUGCACCUGAUACUACCAUGGCUCCGACAGCAAUUCCUGCUGUUUUUGAUAUCAUUAAUCGUAGGCCAUUGAUUGGUAACUUUCGAGACAAAGGUAGAAAAAUUGAACGCUCCAAGCCAUUGGAUAUCGAAUUGAAAAUGGUCACAUUUGCUUAUCCAUCUAGGCCUGAAGUGAUCGUGUUAAGGGACUUUUGUUUAAAGGUCAAGGAUGGUAGCAUGGUGGCAUUGGUAGGUCCAAGUGGGUCAGGAAAAUCAACAGUGAUAUGGUUGGUACAAAGAUUUUAUGAUCCAAAUGAAGGGAAGGUACUGAUGGGGGGCAUAGAUUUGGUGGAUAUCAAUUUGAAAUGGCUAAGGAAACAAAUAGCUUUGGUGGGUCAGGAGCCUGCUCUCUUUGCUGGAAGCAUAAGGGAGAACAUCGCUUUUGGGAACCCAAAUGCCACAUGGGGUGAGAUUGAAGACGCUGCAAAGGAAGCUUACAUCCACAAAUUUAUUAGUGGUCUCCCUCAAGGCUAUGAAACUCAGGUCGGGGAGAGUGGGGUCCAGCUAUCCGGCGGUCAAAAACAAAGGAUUGCAAUAGCAAGGGCCAUACUGAAGCAGUCAAGGGUGCUGCUUCUAGAUGAAGCAAGCAGCGCUUUGGACUUGGAAUCAGAGAAGCAUGUCCAAGAUGCACUAAAGAGGGUUUCCAAGCAGGCCACAACAAUUAUAAUAGCCCACAGGCUUUCUACUAUUAGGGAAGCCAAUAUGAUAGCUGUUGUCAAAGAUGGUGCGGUUGUGGAGUGUGGCAGCCAUGAUGCACUUUUGGCAUCCCAUCUUGAUGGUGAGUAUGCUAGCUUGGUCCGGGCUGAAAGAGAAGCCAACGCCUUUUCUUGA